UAGGGACACCAGGGGACACUUUCAUAGAGGGACAAUUUCAUAUAGGGACACCAGGGGACACUUUCAUAGAGGGACACCAGGGGCCACGUUCAAAGAGGGACACCAGGGGCCACGUUCAAAGAGGGACACCAGGGGCCACGUUCAAAGAGGGACACCAGGGGCCACGUUCAAAGAGGGACACCAGGGGCCACGUUCAUAGAGGGACACCAGGAGCCACGUUCAUAGAGGGACACCAGGAGCCACUGUUGUUAUUGUUGCUGCAGCUCUUUUAAAGGCUGUGAUGUCAUCAAACGGUAACUGACAGGAUGUGACAGAAAUGGACAAAGCGAUGAACUUCUGUCUCACUUUUACUGUCACUCAUCUGUCUAACCCUAACCCUCUUCCUCCUCCUCUUCCUCCUCUUCUUCCUCUUCCUCUUCCUCCACCUCUUCUUCCUCCUCCUCCUCUUCCUCCUCCUCCACCUCCUCCUCUGUGUGUUGACAUAAAUCAUUUAUGGAGUGACAUUUCAGCAACAUCCCUGGAGGAGGGAGGAGAAGAGGCAGGAGGGAGGAGAAGAGGCAGGAGAUGUGUUAAUCUUUAAUUCCCCCCAUCUCUGUCCAGGAGCAGUACGUCUUCAUCCAUGAUGCCAUCUUGGAGGCGUGUCUCUGCGGUGACACAGCUAUUCCGGCCAAUCAGCUGCGGUCAGUUUACUAUGAGAUGAACCGAUUGGAUCCUCAGACCAACUCCAGUCAGAUCAAAGAGGAGUUCAGGACUCUGAACAUGGUGACGCCCACUCUGCGGGUGGAGGACUGCAGCAUUGCUCUGUUGCCGAGGAACCACGAGAAGAACCGGUGCAUGGACGUGUUGCCUCCGGACCGCUGCCUUCCGUUCCUCAUCACCAUCGACGGAGAGAGCUCCAACUACAUCAACGCUGCUCUGAUGGACAGCUACAAGCAGCCGUCAGCGUUCAUCGUUACCCAGCAUCCUUUGCCCAACACGGUGAAGGACUUCUGGCGUCUGGUCCUCGACUACCACUGUACGUCCAUCGUGAUGUUGAACGACGUCGACCCGGCUCAGGUACACACUCGACCAGGUCUCAGUAUAAAGUAGACCAGGUCUCAGUAUGAAGUAGAACAGGUCUCCAUAUAGACCAGGUCUCCGUAUAGACCAGGUCUCAGUAUGAAGUAGACCAG